AUUCCAAGUGGAUGCUUAUAAGCCCUGGGUCGUGGUCUGAGUGGUCGGAAUGGAGCGUGUGCGUACCUGAAAGCGGCCCCUGCGGUCCCAGUUACCAAGGUCUCCGCAACCAUACUCGAAACUGCUCCAAUCCAACUCCCUUGAGCGCGCACCCGCCAGUUUGUCGCGGAAUUUCACAAGAAACAACCACCUGCGUGGCAUAUUGUCCCAUUCAUGGUCAUUGGAGUGAUUGGACCGCGUGGUCAGACUGCUCUCGCUUUUGCGGUCCUGGAGAAAUUAACCGAAAUCGGACUUGCGAUAAUCCAGAGCCUCAGUUUGGAGGAGACCCAUGUCCAAACCCCAGCUAUGAAGAAAACACCUGCGAUAAGACUUGUCGUGCUUUUGGUUUGGGCGGCACUGGUGGUGAUAAUUGGGAAUACUGUCCCAAUUCCUUUCACGUGAUUUAUUUUGCCACUCUGGUUGAGGACAAUGGGAUCGAUGGGAUGCGACUCACAUGCAAUGAUCCCAGUAACCAAAUCCUAAGGAGUAAAGAACACUCCUCCAAUGGCUAUGGUGCUCCCACAUCGACCUGUCCCCAAGGCUUCACUAAAGCCAGGGGUCGGGCCAUUCCAGACAAAGGAGCGUUGGGAAAUGAUUAUGGUCUGGUGUGUGCAGAGUUGUUUUGCGCUGAAACGAACACCUGGUUGAGAUCCGAUUGUGAGGAAAAUCAAGGUGGUACGUGGCAUGAGAAGUCCUGUGGUACCAAUCAAGUGAUUUGUGGACUCCAGACAAAUUAUUAUACUCAUUGGUCCGAUCACGUGGGUCUUUGGCAUUACUCAGUGGAGUGCUGCAACUUGCCAGAUCAGUAACAAAUUUAUUAGAAGACAAAACCAAUUCAACUCUGACCAAAGAAUUCGAGAAAAAUUCUAGAAAUUUAUGUUUGUGUAAAUUACUGUGGAUGUAAGGAAUGAGGGAGGAUGUAAAAGGUCUUCACAUAGUUUUUUUUUUCGCAAAAUGUGGUGCCCUCGGACAAAAAGUACUUUUGGACACCUUGCAGAAAUUUCAUUCCUGCCUCCAUUUUGGGCUCGAAACGUUGUCCUUGUCGAACCCUCUGCAUGUCCCAUGCAUUCGUGAACACUUUGUAAUACCAUAAAAAUAUGAAAAUAGAUACAUGCAAAAUAUGACAACAGAA